CCCAGCCGUAGCAUGGCUUCUUCGCCGCCGCUCCCCAAGAAGAACUCCGAGUACCAGGAGGCCCAGUACUGGGACGAGCGCUACCGGCACGCGCUGGACACCGCCCCCUACGAGUGGUUCGGCGACUUCGAGGCCUUCCGGGACCUCUUGGAGCCCGAGCUGCAGCGGGAGGACCGGAUCCUAGUGCUGGGCUGUGGGAACAGUGCACUGAGCUAUGAGCUUUUGUGUGGGGGCUUCCCCAAUGUGGUCAGUGUGGAUUACUCUCCAGUGGUGGUGGCCGCUAUGCGGGACCGCUAUGCCCACGUACCCGUGUUGCGCUGGGAAACAAUGGAUGCCCGAGCUCUCAGUUUCCCCAAUAGCACCUUUGACGUGGUUCUAGAGAAGGGUACCCUGGAUGCUGUGCUGGCUGGGGAACGAGACCCCUGGACGGUGUCCCCUGAGGGUAUUCAGACUCUGGAUGAAGUUCUCAGUGAGAUGUUGGAGUAUAAGCGGGCUACCCUUCGAGAUGAUGAGGCCCCCGAGCCUUCACCAGAUGGCAUUGCUUCUCCAGACACCAUGGAGGUGGGCUUCCGAAAAAGGUCAGGACAUCUCUUGGGCUCCCGAACACAGCUAGAACUGAGUUUAAUGGGCAUCUCUCUGCUGCUGGGCAUCUUGCUCCUGGGCUGUUCUAUUACCCUGGGGGUCCAGUACAGCCAAGCCACAGUCUCGUUAAAUAAUACCUGCCUGACAGAAGCCUGCAUUCGAGUGGCUGGCAAGAUCCUGGAAUCCCUGGACCGUGAGGUGAGCCCCUGUGAAGACUUUUACCAAUUCUCCUGUGGUGGCUGGAUGCGGCGAAACCCACUGCCUGAUGGGCGUUCCAGGUGGAAUACCUUCAACAGUCUCUGGGACCAGAAUCAGGCUGUGUUGAAACAUUUGCUUGAGAAUGAGACCUUCAAUUCCACCAGCGAGGCAGAGCGCAAGACCCAACGUUACUAUCUCUCCUGCCUCCGGGAGCAACGAAUUGAAGAGCUGGGGGCCCAGCCCCUCCGAGACCUCAUUGACAAGAUUGGUGGCUGGAACAUCACAGGACCCUGGGCUCAGGACAACUUCAUGGACGUUUUAAAGAUGGUGUCUGGGACCUACCGGGCCAGCCCAUUCUUCACGGUCUAUGUCGGCGCUGAUGCCAAAAGCUCCAACAGCAAUGUUAUUCAGGUGGAUCAGUCUGGUCUCUUUCUGCCUUCCAGGGAUUACUACCUGAACAGGACAGCCAAUGAGAAAGUGCUCGAUGCAUACCUGGACUACAUGGUGGAACUAGGCACUCUGCUGGGUGGGCACCCCGACUCCACAAGGGAGCAGAUGCAGCAGGUGAUAGAGCUCGAAAUCGAGCUGGCCAACAUCACGGUACCCCAGGAUCAGCGGCGGGACGAGGAGAAGAUCUAUAACAAGAUGAGCAUCGCUGAGCUGCAGGCCUUGGCGCCCUCAGUGGAGUGGCUGGAUUUCCUGUCUUUCGCCCUGUCGCCCCUGGAGCUAGGAGAUGGAGAGCCUGUGGUGGUAUAUGGGACCGACUAUUUGCAGCAGGUGUCCGAGCUCAUCAAUCGCACAGAGAGAAGCAUUCUGAACAAUUACUUGGUUUGGAACCUUGUUCAGAAGACCUCCUCCAGCCUGGACCGGCGCUUUGAGUCAGCUCAGGAGAAGCUGAUGGAAACUCUCUAUGGCACUAAGAAGUCUUGUACACCUCGGUGGCAGACCUGCAUCUCCAACACUGAUGAUGCCCUCGGCUUUGCCUUGGGAUCCCUUUUUGUGAAAGCAAUGUUUGACAGAGAGAGCAAAGAGAUUGCAGAGGGGAUGAUCAGUGAGAUAAGGUCAGCCUUUGAAGAGGCCCUGGGCCACCUGGUUUGGAUGGAUGAAAAGACAAGGCAGGCGGCCAAGGAGAAAGCUGAUGCCAUCUACGACAUGAUCGGCUUCCCUGACUUCAUCCUCGACCCCAAAGAACUGGAUGAUGUUUAUGAUGGUUAUGAAGUUUCAGAAGAUUCCUUCUUCCAGAAUAUGUUGAAUUUGUACAACUUUUCUGCCAAGGUGAUGGCUGACCAGCUUCGCAAGCCUCCCAAUCGGGACCAAUGGAGCAUGACUCCCCAGACAGUGAAUGCCUACUAUCUUCCAACCAAGAAUGAGAUUGUCUUCCCAGCUGGCAUCCUGCAGGCUCCCUUCUAUGCCCGGAGCCACCCUAAGGCCUUGAACUUUGGAGGCAUCGGUGUGGUGAUGGGUCACGAGCUGACGCAUGCCUUUGAUGACCAAGGACGGGAGUAUGACAAAGAGGGGAACCUCCGACCCUGGUGGCAGAAUGAAUCCCUGGCCGCAUUUCAGAACCACACAGCUUGUAUGGAGGAGCAGUAUGGCCGGUACCAAGUCAAUGGCGAGCGGCUCAAUGGACGGCAGACGCUAGGCGAGAACAUCGCUGACAACGGGGGUCUCAAGGCUGCCUAUAAUGCGUACAAGACGUGGCUGAGGAAGCACGGGGAGGAGCAGCACCUCCCGGCAGUGGGUUUCACCAACCACCAGCUCUUCUUUGUGGGAUUUGCCCAGGUGUGGUGCUCGGUGCGCACCCCUGAGAGCUCACACGAGGGCUUGGUGACCGACCCCCAUAGCCCUGCCCGCUUCCGAGUGCUGGGAACCCUCUCCAAUUCUCGGGAUUUCCUUCAACACUUCAACUGUCCUGUUGGCUCUCCCAUGAAUCCUGGGCAACUCUGCGAAGUGUGGUAGGAGCCCGGAGCAGACGGUGCCCUCGAACAGCCCUUCCCUGCACCCAAGUACCUUUCCCCUCCCCAGGGGCCCUGGACCUUUCUGCCAGGGAGCCAGAUGCUAGGGGUGGCUGUGCUGGGCUGUCCUCUCCCCUGAGAUUAGGAUGCAGCUAAAGCCGAGUGAGACCCCAGGCCUUGCUUCUGUCUGCUGACUGUGAUGCCAUAUCUGGAGGUCCCUCAUCCUUCCCCAUUGUCCUCAACCACCAUGAUGUGCCACUGGUUGGAGGUGGCUCCUCUGACUUGAGCUGAAUCCCUCCGUCAUUCACUGUGACAGCCCCCUCUUUCUGAGGUGGGCUCUUUUCCGGCCUGGAUGCUAACCAGAUAUCCUAGGGUGGGUGCAAAGCCCACCCAGUGGGGAGCUCAGCAAAGAAUACAGGGAUUGAUGGGAUCUGUCUGGAAAAGGAUCUAGGCCCCCUCCCUCCCACAUUAACCCACUGGAGGGACCCUUGCCCUGGUGGUCUGAGUGAUUAGCUGGGCACUGAGGUACUGAUUUUCUGGUCCAGUCUGAUCCAGCAGAGACUGGGCAUUGGUAGCUACAAGGUAAUGACAUUUCAGAGGUUUGAAGAAACCUAGAAAAGUAGUCCCUGGGCAUUCUGGCAUCCUUGGAAAACGCACUGCCCCUACUCAGGAACCCAGACAAACCUUGGCUGGGUCCCCAUUCAGUCCCUGUCUCAGGUCCUUAGACCCCACCUAGACCCCCCUCCCCUGGGGUCAGCUUUCAGUUGGAGCCUCCACCCAGAAGCUUUUGCCCACUGCACCCCGAUUCAAGCUGUGCUGAGGAAGGGGAUAGGAGGGAAUGUAGACAACCACAGUGUCUUAUGGCUCCAGGCUUGGGGUGUCCCCCGGAAAUCAGGGAGGACAGGGAAUAAGGGGGUGGGGGGUUGGGGGCAGAG